AUGUUAUUUGUACUCAUUUUAUUUCCUUUAGGUUCUAAAGGAGGCGCAUCAAGUGGAAAAACCCCAGCAAAAAGAAAAUCCAAUACAAAAGGGCAAACUAGGCUUCAAGAAGAAGACGAGGAACAACCGUCUUCAGUUGAAGCUUCACCUAUACCUAGCGAACAAGAACAACAAGAAGAACCUCGAGGUUCUCAGCAAACCAAGAGGAAACGUAAGGAUGUUUUAGAUGAGGAACCAACAGAUGGAGAGGAAAAUAGCGAGGAUGAAUUUCAAGAGUAAGUGCUUGCCCGGUUAUGUCGUACGACUAGGCGGCCAAAAAUAACAGACGGCAAAUCGGGGCCCUUGUGUUUUAUUUGCAUCUUUGAAGUGUUGUUGAUUAACUAAGUUGCACUACCAAAACCCAGGGUGGUUCUUCGCCCGAGAAAAACAUAUCUUAUUUCCGUGUCAAAACAUUCAGGAACGCGACUACAUUCCAAUGCGCCUAGUGCAAAAACGACAAAAUUGCAUCCAGUACCUCAAAAGCCGAAGAGAAAGCUAAAUGUUAAAAGAUGGUAGGUUUCAGAAAAAUAUUUAAUCAUCGAGCCUUUUGCUGCUAAACUGUCAAACUAUUUUUAGCUAAUCUCAGCACAAUUUCCCGCGGACCAAUGAGAUGUUGCCAUUUACGAAUUGUCGAUUUCACGACGUUAGGAAUGUAGUCGCAUUCCUGGAUAUUUUAACACGAAAUGUCACACUGUUUUGGGCGAAAUGAAAGAUUCGCGGUUUGAUAAUACUAAGUUGUUAACUAAGGAUCUGUGUGUAUGAACCCACAUGCAGCUAUUAACCCGGGAAAGGCACCUGAAUGAGUUAUUGACGUAUACAUUUCAAUUGGUGUUCACAUGAGAAACCAUCCCGAAGCCGUUUUGUCAAUUAAAUGACGAAGAAACAUGUAUUUUUUAUUUUUUUCUAAAUAAUCACCUAUGAAAUUAUACUAAAACAAUUAUUCACCUCAGGCUCGGUAAUUAUCGUGAAUAAAAACCUCGACUUCGUCUCGGAUUUUAUUCACCGAUAAUCACCUCGCCUUCGGUGAAUAAUUGUUAAAUAGAACUUCACUAUUAAUAUCCAGAUGAAAAGUUGAGUUCAAUGGAAAAUCUUUGAUAAUAUUAUGUACAAGGACAUAAUAUUAUCAAAGAUUUUCCAUUGAACUCAACUUUUCAUCUGGAUAUUAAUAGUGAAGUUCUACUUUGCAAUUGUUUCGUAGAUCCCACAGUGUGAAAGCAUCCUCUCAAGCUUCAUGGGUUGCAAGUCAACCAAAAACUAAACAUUCAGCUAACCAUUCCAGAAUCAGCUAUGGCAGCAAGGCCAAAGAUGCUAGUCGACUCAG